CUGGGUGGUCGAUUGGAGCAACUUUGAACAUCCUUGUUCCAGGCUUUUCGUGUCAACCAAGUUCCUGAAUGACGAGCCCCGACUCUCCUCAGCGCUGUUUCCCAUCGCAUCUGGACACGGCGCGCCCCCAAUUGGGCUCUUCCGACUCUUCUGUACGAUGCCUCUGUCAUAGCAAAGCGGCUUCCAAACUUACCCGAGCCGACUCGAGUUAUUGCCGCAUACGUCAUAACCGCCCCUUCUCUGCGAUGAUAGCUUGGCGAUGAAGAUCACCGAUGUGGUCUCAACGGUGGAAAUGGAGAUGCAGGAAUCGCAGAACCAGAGGGACAAGAGGGUCGAAGAUUUAUGGCGGAAGCUAGAUCCCCAGGGGCGUGGGGAGUUGGACUUCAAGGGCCUUCAAAGGGGGUUGAGGAAGAUUGACCACCCGAUGAAGAAUGCCGACAAUCUGCUCAAAGCCAUAGUGCAGACUGUUGAUACAAACGGGGACGGCAAGAUCCAAUAUGAAGAGUUCCGAGUCUUCGUGGAGGCUGCGGAGCGGCAGCUUCUCUUAUUAUUCCGCUCCAUUGACAAAGACCAAGACGGCCACCUGGAUAAGGAUGACCUUCGGGCAGCAUUCCAAAAGGCAGGCCUGGCAGUGCCCAUGAGGAGAUUGACGGGCUUCUUCGACGAGAUCGAUAUGAACCGCGACGGCUUCAUAAGCUUCGAUGAAUGGCGUGACUUCCUCUUAUUCAUGCCCACCAGCGAGGCAGAGUCACCCCUGGAAGCUGUAUUAUCUUUUUAUUCCACCAUCGUCACAAUUAACUCCGAGGGAGAUUCUAUGGUCAGUGAUGACACACUAGAGGGACUAGGUACGACUGGCUUCCUAUUCCAAGCUCUCUUUGGUUCCCUUUUGAAGCUCGCCGAUCCCGACCAAUUGUACCACCCUCAGCCGUCUACGGCUACAUCAACAUCAUCGAUAGAGCGCUUCUCUUCUGAGGCCGCGCGAUCGGCAAUAGCAGAAGACGACGACUGGUUGGCACGGACGGACAUGGCGGCGGCGGUACGGGCGACUGACAACGCGAUCAAAAAUCUCAUGGCACAGAUGGAGGAAGAGGAUGCUCUUAACACCCACCCGGAACCCCGGUCGGCUAUCGCGUCUGCGAGAUCUAGACUGACUGAGUUCCUACCCGAACCAGGUUACUUCCUCGCCGGAGCCAUUUCUGGUGGUGUCUCUCGUACUGCUACCGCCCCGCUCGAUCGACUGAAGGUCUUUCUGCUUGUCAAUACCCAGUCCAGCGCCACCCCAGCCCUUGAUGCCGCCAAGAAGGGUCAACCGCUCAAAGCAGUCGAAGGUGCCGGGAAGCCAAUCCGCGAUGCAAUCGUGACCUUAUGGAGGGCUGGUGGCUUCCGGACCUUUUUUGCAGGAAAUGGUCUCAACGUCGUCAAGAUCAUGCCUGAGACUGCAAUCCGGUUUGGAUCCUACGAAGCUGCCAAGAGAGCCCUUUCGACAUGGGAAGGUCAUGGCGACCCUCAGAAGAUCAAUACCUGGUCCAAGUUUGUUGCUGGCGGCAUCGGCGGCAUCACGGCUCAAUUCUGCGUGUAUCCGAUUGACACACUCAAGUUCCGUCUUCAAUGCGAGACCGUUGAGGGUGGGUUGAAAGGAAAUCCCCUCCUAAUUCGAACCGCGAAGACGAUGUGGAUGGAUGGAGGAAUGCGCGCGGCCUACCGUGGCCUGACCAUGGGGCUCGUCGGCAUGUUCCCCUACAGUGCCAUUGACAUUGGGACAUUCGAGCUGCUCAAGAAUACGUUUACGAAACACAAGGCGAGGUACUAUGGCAUCCAUGAAGAGGACGCCGGCCCCGGAAGCUUGGCCACAGCGGCCAUUGGCGCAUCGUCGGGAGCCUUCGGCGCCACGAUUGUGUACCCGCUCAACGUCCUGCGGACGCGCCUGCAGACCCAAGGCACGGCGAUGCAUCCUCCGACGUACACGGGCAUCUGGGACGUUGCCCAGCGAACCGUCCGCAAUGAAGGGUUCCGAGGCCUAUACAAGGGUCUGACACCGAACCUCCUGAAAGUUGCCCCUGCGCUCAGCAUCACAUGGGUAUGCUACGAGAACUGCAAGAAACUGCUUGACCUUAGUUAAAGAAGAUGGGAGGAGCAUCGCGGAUCGCCAGCCCUAGGCUUGGCCGGUGAUAUUUAUCGGGAACCGAAAGUGGCGGGAGGAAGAGGAAAUAGGGGUUCCAUAAUCAUCCACAUCACCAACGGGCGUUGAUGCGGAUAGGCGACGAUUAGCCCCCUUGAUUUGGUCGGGCUCACAUAGCUGGCGGCGUUUGAACUAAAAGGAUACCAACUUUGCGAAGAUACCACCCAACAUGUUCACAUAGAAGAGCAUAUAAACCAGGCUCACUUCUCUGGGAUUAAAUGGGAACGUAAACGGUGGGAGGGAUGGCUAGGUGGAAGCGAUGUAGCUAUAAAAGAAUAAAAGUAAUGGUCUUGAUACUCCG